AUGAUGUAUGAAUCCGAAAGGAUGGCUAAGGAGCAAAGAGACAAAGAGCUUGAUGAACUCAUUGCUCUUCGGAAAAAAUUCGAGGCAGAAGAAGCUAAAGUAAAGAAUGUGAAACUAGUCCUUGAAACUCAUAAAUCUUUGUUUCUAGCUUGGUCUCAUGAGCAUAUACAGAAAGAAGCCAUAGAUGAUCCGAAUCUCUACUGGUUGGAGCCAACAAUCUCAUUCGACUUAAAUAAUGAUGUGGAAUGUCAACUUGAUAUUCACAUCAGUACAAGGGCAUUUCUAUUUCAUUGUUUCAAAAAGAUUGAGAAAUUCAUGAUCUCUGAUAGCACAGUAAAUCGAAAGCUCUUUUUGUUAUACUUGAAAUAUGCAAAACCGCACUAUGAGACAUGGAGCUUAAAUAGAAUCAUGGAGUUAAAGGUUGGAUUGCUGAUUCAGACUGAAGACUUCUUGAAUAUCCAAUUUAAAGGAUUUCGAGGUGCCAAUCACAUGCUUCAUGAGUUCACAUUGGCUGAUUUUCCAUUCAUGGACCCCUAUGAUUGGUUACCUCUAUUCUAA